UGCCCAUGUCCAGCAACACCAGCACUUCAACCCAUAUCUCUGCCCUUGCACCCACUUUCUGAAACCCUUCAUGACCUAUCAGUUCGACUGCUGACCAAAACUCAUCGCCUGAGGCCUCAAUCUAACAACUCAACACCCUUCCGCCAUGGCCGCCGCUGCGAAGCCAACCAAGAACCAGCUCAAGCGCGCAAAGAAGAAGGCACAGAAAGCCCAGAAAUCAGAAGAACCUUCACAACCUGCAGCCGCUGAGGCAGAUGCGCCCGAACAAAAACCAACAACAACAAAUGGCGACAAACCUAAGCGCGAAAUCAUCAAAUCCGAAGACAACGAAGAUGCUGAUCCUUUUGCCGACCCCCUCAUCGUCGACGAUGAUAACCCACUCUUCGACAUGUACAAGGAUAUCAUGGGCAAGUUUGAGGAAGCAGACAAGGAAGAUCCAGCAUUGAAAGAAGCGGACAAACCAGAGGUGUAUUUCGACGAUGACGAUAUUCCCGACGAAGAGGAGAACGAGGCCGCCGCGAACAAGAUCUCCAAGAAGAAGCGGAAAGAAAUGAACAAGUUAUCGGUGGCAGAAUUAAAGGCGCUCGUCAAAAAGCCCGAGUUGGUGGAAUGGACAGACACAUCAGCACCAGAUCCCCGGUUAUUGGUGCAUCUAAGAUCAUAUCGCAACGUGGUCCCGGUGCCUACACACUGGUCGCUGAAGAGAGAAUAUCUAUCUUCCAAAAGAGGUGUGGAGAAGCCGCCAUUUUCUCUGCCCAAGUUUAUCCAAGAGACGGGUAUUGCAGAGAUGCGGGAUGCCGUACUGGAGAAACAGGAUCAACAAUCUUUGAAACAAAAACAGAGAGAAAGAGUGCAAGGAAAAUUGGGAAAGCUCGACAUCGAUUAUCAAAAACUCUACGAGGCCUUUUUCCGAUUUCAGACUAAGCCCGAACUGACGAGAUAUGGCGAAGUCUACUAUGAAGGCAAGGAAUUUGAAACCAAUCUUCGACAUUUACGACCCGGUGAGCUGUCGGAUGAAUUAAAGGAAGCACUUAAUAUGCCCCCAGGGGCACCACCACCUUGGUUGAUCAACCAGCAGCGUUACGGACCUCCCCCAUCAUAUCCCUCGUUAAAGGUCCCUGGUGUCAAUGCGCCACCACCGCCUGGGGCAAGCUGGGGUUUCGCGCCCGGACAAUGGGGCAAGCCGCCAGUCGACGAAGCCACCAACCGACCUUUGUACGGCGGUGACAUCUUUGGUGUCCUUCAGCAACAACAGAAUACGCAACUGGGUGAGCCGAUAGAAAAAGAAUUGUGGGGAGAACUACAGCCACAGGAAGAGUCAGAAGAAGAAGACGAAGAUGAGGAAGAUGAAGACGAAGACGCCGACUCAGACGAUGGUGGUGCGGGCAUUGAGACAUCGGCCGGCCUAGAAACGCCCAGCGGCCUCAACUCAUCAGUACCCACAGAGAUUGGAGGCACCGAGACUGUGUCAGAGUUCGACCUACGCAAACGCCGUGGCACCGAAACCGAAGAAUCAUCACAUCCUCGCUCAGCAUACCAGGUGAUCCCUGAACGACAAACUCGAGUAGAGGGCUUCUUUGGCGGCGACCGCGCCUACGAUCUCAAGGGCACCCAGCAAAACCAGAACCUACCUGUUCUAGGACAAGAAGAUACACGAAAGCGGAAGAAGCCUGGCGAUGUUGAUAUCUCAAUGGACCCCGAUGCGUUGGCUGCAGCAGGCAGCAUGAGUAAAGAGGAUCUUCAAAGGGCGUACGAUACUCAGAGGAAAGCAGAACAGAACCCAGGCUGGGAUUUCCAGGAAGAUUUGUCAGAGAUGAUAGCUUCAGAAAGUCGGAAGAGGCAGAAACGAGAUGAGGAGAGACGAGCUAAGCGAUGAGAUGUGGAUGUUAUUGAUGGGUAUAGGUCUUGGGUUCUUGAGCAGACGCUCUUACCAUGUAACUGUAUUAUCAGAAAAGGCAAUUUUGACUUGCUAAAGGCGAGGCACUCUAAUGAUAUCCUGAA